AUGCUUUCAAUACUUAGUGCUUUUCAGACAAGUGUGACCUACUCAAAUUCAUUACUUCACGAGCUGGUUCAGCAAAAGUGUAAGUCUACGUCCAGCCAGACCACCAACUCGCCCGCUAAAAGAAAGAAUCAUGACUCAGAUGAGUCAGGUCGCGCCAUUGCGAUCACCUCAGAGAAAGCAAAAACAAUUACUUCAAAGGAAGUACAAGAUAGCACUUCAGAUGAAGCACACCCCAAGCUCCAAGAUGAUGAUGCACUCAGUUUAUGUGGCAACUACAGUCUUGUCAACGAGCCACUAGAACCAGAGGAUGAGUUAAAUAAUGAUGGGUUGCUCACUCAAAUCACCACUUUCCUGAGUUCGUCUGAUGAAAGUGGCCCUCCAGUAUCCGACAAAUUGUCAAACCUUGUUAAUGAUAAGUUUCAAACUGAAUACAGUGUUGACAAACGAAAAGAAAUACCUCAAAAGUAUAAGACACCUAGUAAUUGUACACAGCUCUUUAAACCCAAAGUAAACCCAGAAAUUUGGGGGAAUCUUAGCAGAUAUCAGAAUGUCUGUGUUACAGGACACGUUAAUCAAAGUGUCCAGUGCCAUUGUGGUAGCCGUUGAGGCCCUGCUGAGUCAUCCAAAACCCAAAACCCAAAACUCUACAAGAAUUAAAGACAACAAAUAGAUUGAUUAAAGUUACACCUAGUAAUAGCAAAGGAAGUGUUUCACAAAAGAACCACGACAGUGGCCAGUUCAGAGGAAGCCAGUCUCAAGGUCACCAUAGUAGUAAGCCCUUUUUAGGGAUCAAGGGGGGGAAUCCUUAA